GGAGCUAAGCGGAACUCCGGCGUAAAACAUAGUGUGAGGGGAAAGGACGCUAUUUAGCUGCCAUACCUAACACCUAUGUUUGGGGAUGAUAUUUGAAAUUCGGUUGAACUAUGUUAUAACUUCGUAUUCGUAACAUUUCCCCAUGAGGAUAGGUGAAAAUAACAGUGCUUACAGUGUAUGUGGAUUAGAAGUUUUAUCAUCUACGCUGUGUUUUCACAAUGAACUGUACCAAAGCAUUUUUCAUUGGGUGUUUUAAGUGUGUCGUACACAACCUGAAGCAUAGGUAUGGCCCACAAGUGAUGUAGAACGUGCUGGAGAUGGCUGAAGGAAUUCAUGUUGGCGACAUGCCCUCCUUCCAGCUGGUUCCAAGUUCUGAAGCAAAAAAGAGGCCAAAUUCAUCAGAUGGAAGAGACGAGCCAAUGAGGAAGAUGCCGGCGUCAAAAUAUAACCCCAGGCCUAGAUUUGAGCCUGUGCAAUUUGUCAGUAGUGGCAUUAGUGGGGGAACCACAGAUGAGAAGGAGAAUGAGAAAGAUCGCAGGAGAGGGGAGAUGAACAGUAUGAGACAGAGAGAGCCUCCACACUCCACGUACAGCUCUGGUCGUUCAUAUCAACAUACGACCUCCUCGGCAUACGAACGGGCCUCGUCAUACGCAUCUGACUCUUGGGGGGAUCGCAGAGGCAGAGACACGGCCUCCUCGGGCAGCACAGGUGGCCUUGGCUACAGCAGCAGAGGGUCUGGCUCAAACUUCAUGACGAAAAUUCAACAGGACUACACAGCUAGAUAUGACUCGCACAAUUUCAGGCAGUCUGACUCCUCCUCCCAGUCCUAUAGGCAUGAUGGAUACGGCGGAGGCAACAGGUCCAGGCCCUGGGACUCGACGCGUCAGGAAACGGGCCGUCAGGGCCUGGGAUUUGGGCACCAGGAGAGACCGUCAUCCAGCAGAGCUUUCAGUCGGGUCUGUAGCACCCCCUCAAUGGCAGCAGCCUCUUCACAGCCCACUCCAGUGGCAGCAGCCACUCUGGAGGAGAAGCAGAGAUUGGUUACACGUGUGGCAGGCGCCAUCGCCACCACAGCCAGAGACCCUACAGCUUUGAGCGGCUCUGAUACACCAAACUACAAUUUCAUCCUGAGCCGGAGCAUCCAGGCCUGCAAGACCAACCCUGAGUACAUCUAUGUCCAUCUCAAAGACAUCCCUCCAGAUGACCUCCCUAAGAAUAGAAAAGUGCCCACCGAUGGGUAUGCUUGCGAGCUGAGAUGUCAGUCUGUUUACUUGGCAACAGGGUAUUCUGGAAGCAAAAACGGUGCCCGGGACCGUGCCUCAGAACAGGCCGUUAAACUCUUCCUGCAGUCUGUGGAGGCCCGCGUGGUACAGCGCAAAUACAAGCAUGUUGCUGUAAAUGACAUUGUGGUGUGUCCACAGCAUGUCCCAACUCCAGUGUUAGUCCCACCACUACGAAAUCCAGAGGAUAAGCCACCUCUGAGCUCCAAGGGUAUUUAUGAACCAGACAAAACCAAGCACUGGUCAGAGUUUGUAAUUGUGGACAAUGCUGUGGAUGCGAUCUGCAUCCUGAAUAACUCUGCAGCUUACAAUCGAAUGAAAAUUGACUACAAGUUUGAGCCGGUCCCCAAUAGCAACAUCUUCAUGUGCAGUGUCUACUUGCAGGAUGAACUUGUUGCACAGGCAAGGGGAACCAAGAAGACCUCUAAGCAUUCAGCUGCUGAAGAAGCCCUGAGGAAGCUAAGGGCGAAUCAAGCUGCCAAGCAGCAGCAACAGGAGCAGCAGCAACAGCAGCACGAAUUACAACAGCAACUACAACAUCAGCAGCAGCAGUUUACCCAGGGCAUCUAUCAUGCAGAGGGUGGACGCUUCACCGCACCUGGGAGCAGGAAGAAACAGCUCAGUGAGUUGGUGAUCCUGGAAAAUUCUGACAAUGCUAUAUGUAUUAUCAAUGAUACUGCCCAAUUCAACAAAGUGUCCGCUGACUAUAAGUUCACAGUCCUGCCUGACCAUCGCUGGAGAUGCGAAGUGUACUUAGAGGGUCAGUAUGUGGCAGCCGGUGUUGGGCUUAAGAAGACUGUGAAACAUGUUGCAGCAGAGGAGGCCCUGGCUACUCUACGGCAGACCCAGGCUGUGGUCAAGUCCAACCUUAGGAAGGAAGGCUACGGAGAUGCUCUGUCCCGUACCCAGAUCUGGGCUCGAUCUGGAGAAGAGUCUUUGCACAAGGAGAUCAAAGAGGACAAUAUUGGCAACCAGCUGUUGCGGAAGAUGGGCUGGACCGGAGGCGGACUGGGCCGCGAAGGGGAGGGCAUCGCUGAGCCUAUCCGGGUGAAGGAGCAGUUCACCAGGGAAGGGCUGGGUAUGGAUAUGAACCGGCCUGGGAGCCAGCUCACCAAACGAAACAUUGAGGAAAUCAUUCGCAAUUAUGCUGUCUCGGACCGCAACGAUGACCUGCGCUUCUCAACCGAGCUCAAUAAUGAUGAACGCAAGCAGAUCCACCAGGUGUCCCAGAAGUAUGGGUUGCGUAGCAAGUCGUACGGACAAGGCAAGCAGCGCUUCCUAAUUGUCAGUCGCAAGGUGCAUAAAGACCAGUUGAUUGGUCAGCUCCUGCAGGAAGGGCAGGUGGGUAGAUACGAGCUGGUGAAACCUCAGGCAUCGCACUGAUUGGACAGGAGGAACCCGAAGUAAUCUAAAGAUAAUUUUCAGUCUGGGGGGUGUCUUGUGAAAUAUACUGAAAUUCUAUUUGAUUUCUCAGAAAGAUUUGCUGUAAAAGGAACUGUAAAAUGUAUUUUUCAAACUCCUCUGUAUCAGGAAAGUCCUCUGUUGCUUCUUCAUUCCUGGACAGACAAAUAGAUAACUCAUGUUGAUACCGAACACAAGUAGAUACUUUGUUUUGUGUUGUGCAUUUUGUCUGUGUGUGCUUAUUACCAUGUCAUUCCACUUAAUCUUGUCUGCUGUAGCUCUCACUUUGGCGCUUUGGGGCAAGCCCCAAAAUAAUUUGUGCACAAGCUGUAUACACAAAGUAGCCAACACACAAAGGUUUAGAUCAUAUCUUGUGUCCUAGGAGUUUAGACAAUGGAUGCUACUAAGGGAGCUAUUUUUGGCAGCGGGUCAGGUGCUCCAUUUUACUCUACGUUUGUAGAGACAUUCCAUCCCUUAGGUUUUGUUUAAUACAAUAUUUCACCUUUCACUGCCAUUAUCUUCUACAAGCUCUCUUAUUUUAUCAGUUUGACACGACGUCUACAGGCCCUUUUAAAAACAGGGAAAAAUACUUAUGAUUCUACUUUGUUGCGAACAGGUGAAAAACAGAGGCCAUCUUUUUAAACAUAAAUUUUCUGAGAGUAAGCCAUUUACAAUGCUAUGACCUGGUAAAUGUGCAAGCAGUGCUAUCUGUAAGAUGUUAGGUGAAAUAGCCUUUUUUUUGUUUGUGGAUACUGUUGUCUGCUUGUUUUCAUAUCUGUAAUUACUGAACAAUAAACUCAAUCUGAUCGUCCUCACUGAACAAUGAACUAAGAAGAUCACUCCGUUUCAUUCCUCCUCCUCCUCCUCCCCACGACCCAACCUUAAUAAAUGCAUUUCCAGAC